UAAAUAAAUUUAAUGAAAAUUCUAAAAGUGAACAGACUGUGGUUCUAGAACCACAAACAAUGAGAAAUCAAAGUGACAAAAUGCUUAAGUUGAAAUGCUGUAAUUUGCCAAUAACGGAAAUUCCACCCAUAGAGACUAUCACUCAUUCAAAACAGACCCAAACCGAUAUUUCACGACUUUAUAUACAAACCGAUGUUCCUCUAAAUAAAGAGUACGAAGAUGAUGAUUUAGAGUAUCAAGAUGAUGCGACACCCCUAAGAUUGGUUUGCAAGUUUUCAUCAAAUUUACCACCUGGUAUUCUAAGUCCCGGAUUACCGAAAUUAAUGGAUAUCCCACCGGCAUUAACACCAAUAGAUAAAGAAAGUCCCUGGAGGUUUUUGAAAGAGAAAAAUAAAAAAAUAUUGGAACAACAAUGUGAAGCAAUGAUAUUAUCAGAAGAUUUUCAUAAAUCUCUAAAGCGUGUUAGCGUUGCCAUGGAGAAAGUUAUAAGCACAAAUAAAAAUAUAUAUGUUGACUAUAUUGGCGGUGUAAAUGAUGACAGUAUAUAUGGCAACAAUUCAAAGGGUUUACUCAGUUUAAAUCAUGUUUUUUGUAAUAAAAAUUUGACGGACAAUCGUUGCAUUACAUGUAUAGACUGGUCCACACAUUGUCCGGAUCAAAUUGCAACAUCCUAUUAUAAAAAUGAGGAGACUUCUUUUGCUACGGGUGAGGAUGUGAUCAUUUGGAAUCGUAACUUUAACGAUCAAACUCCAGAACGUGUAUUCCAUUGUCAUAGUUCGGUGAUGUGUGUGUGUUUUUCAAAAUUCAAUCCCAAUUUAAUAAUAGGUGCUACCUAUUCGGGACAAAUUGUUUUCUGGGACAAUCGUCUGAAAACGUCCAUACCGAUGCAAUGUACAAAAUUGAAUUAUAAAGCUCAUACUCAGCCUAUAUGUUGUUUGCGUGUAAUUGGUGACGAUAGCUCUCAUAAUAUAAUAUCUAUAUCGUCAGAUGGCAAAUUAUGCUCAUGGAAUUUGGACAUGUUGUCGUUUCCGCUUGAUGUUAUGCAACUGCAAUUAGAUGUAUCGGAAAAAAUAAAAAAGCCAAUUGCAGUUAACUGUAUGGAUUUUUCGUCAGACGGUACUAAUAGUUUAGUGUUAGGUGGAGAAGAAGGUUAUGUUUAUUCAGCCUUUCGUUAUGGUUACGAGUCGGGUAUUAAUAAUCGUUAUGAAAAACAUGAAGCUCCCGUCACUAGCAUCUCGGCGCACUACAAUCAAGCAUCAACAGAUUUUGGCAAUUUAUUUCUUACCUCAUCCAUUGAUGGCACCAUCAAAUUAUGGUCAUUAGACAACUCCAGGGCUUUACAAACUUUUAAAAAUAACUACAAUUAUGCUAUGGAUGUUGCCUGGUCCCCAGUACAUCCAGCUCUAUUUGUUGCGGCCGAUGAUAGUGGACAUUUAGAUUUAUACAAUCUUAAUGAAAAUAUUCAUGAACCCACAAAAUCGAUUACUAUUAAAGGAGAGACUGCCAUCAAUCGUGUAUCAUGGAAUACAAAUGGGCAACAUAUUGCAGUUGGUACUGAGAAGGGUGAGUUGUAUUUAUACAACGUUUCCGAGGAUCUGGCAAAUCCGGUAAACGAUGAAUGGUCUACUUUUAGUAAUACACUUCGUGAUAUAUACGUAAAUUAUGACAUUGAAUGUUCCGAAUAACUUAUUAGUGAAUAUAAAUAUAAAAAUAUUAGGAUUAAGAUUUUAAAAUAUACAAAAUAUUUAUUAUGUUUAAUUACAUGUGUAUUAAAUAUAAAUAAACUUAUUAACGGAGCUUCGAA